GAUCAGUAGCCUCUGCUUCCGUGGUGACACCCGCAUGGUAGGAAUUCUGGCUUAGUGGUCCCAGUUAGAAGUACGGUCGCAAUCUCAUUUGAGGCGAUCUGUAGCAGUUACAUCUUCAACAAAGGCAGAGCAACUACCAAAACACCAUGUUGGAGCAGGCCAGCUCCCACAGACGAUGGAGGCUUGACAUGGGGACUUUGGUUUUGGCAUUAGUUGGUUCCGUUAAUUGAAAAGGUUUGGGUAUUUCAGUCGGCUUUUCUCUUUGGAUGAUGCACGACCGGCUUUUUGGAACUUGUUUCCUGCAACCACAAACUAUUUGGUUUCUUAGGAGGCGCCAAACGACGACAGCCAUGGACUCCGCCGAAGGAACUCCCCCAAACCGAUGUGCGAUUUGAUUGAAGAUGAUGCCAAAGCCAAGUGCAAGUUGAAGGAGGCAGGAUUUGAUCCAGAUGAUUGUAUUGAAGCCAUUGACCCAUCUCGGUCAAUGAGACCACCUGAGGUGGAGCUGUGGCAUUCCAUUGCACCAAUGACUCACUUUUGUUUUUAUGGAGACCUCCCUAUGUGUCAGUACAUUCACAACAAAGGAGGAGCGACCACUGGAGCUGGUGGAAAAUUUUGGUUUCCAAUGUAUGCGGCAAUUUUCAAAGGAAACCUGGCUGUUGUGCGGUGGUUGUAUGAAAAUGGAGCCAACGAAGAUGUUCUAGCAGAGAACUCUCAUGGCAUCAGUCCCUGGAGUUUGUGUUGGAACAAUUCUGAAAGGAAGGUCAAGCGUUUGACAAUAGGCAGGUGGCUCCUGGCAAAUGGAGCCAUCCAGUUUGAUACAAGCACAUUAGCAAAUCAACUGCAAAAUGUUUGCGAUAGGACAGAUCAUCGGCAUGAGAUUUUGUCUUGGUCACAGGAGGUAGUGAAAGCCCAUGACAGCUUUCAAGCAUUCCUCAUGGGAACUUCCAACAGAGCUGCUAACUUGAACGAGCGUUGGUUGGCGAGCUUCCAUGCCCAUGCAUGCAAUCAAUGGAUCCUUCUAGGGAGUGCCCCAUCCAGUGUAUCAGCGGCAUUGCUGGGGUGUUGAAAUGCAUCGCAGAAUAUGCGGGGUGUGUCCAUGGUUAUAAGGUCAAUGAGAUUGAAAGAAUUCGCCGGCUAGCUGAGGCCUUGCCGAAGAGUUUGGUUAAAAAACCAUCCGCAGUCCAAAUCAACCCAAGACGAGGACGUCGAGUACGCAAAGGGCGGCGACGAUAGUGAGAUAGUUUCAAUGAAGAUGAAGACUUCUAAGGAGAGGAACCAUUGUUUGGUUGCCUUCCUUGGAUGUAGAUGGACUUUCAGGAGUCUUUGGCUUGGUGGUUCGGGUGAGUUUGUGAUGUCAUUGUUGGUAGUGUUCCGUUGCCUGCUUGCAUUAAGACCUCUGCAACCAAGGUGGAGCAACCAUAAGAGCCCAGCCCAGGGAUCCAUAGUUGGCGGACUCAGCCCUGUUGUCUUGAGGCUUACAUGCGUACAGCAAAGGAUUAUGUUGCGUGGCUAGCUAGACUUUGCCUUAUAUAGUACAGUGUUUUAC